AUGGCUAUCUCAAUCAGAGCUCUUCUCUCCCAGGGCAAAGACGUCGUACGUCUUUGCGAAACGCAUGAUAUUAGUUCUACAGAAAUCAUCAGAAACACUAUCACCGACGAUGGCCAGCGCUUUGAUGGCUUGUGGUUUGGUGGCCUGUGCCAAACGACCUAUCUCGGCAUACCAGACACUGAACUUAUAUCUCCCCUUCAGCGAGCAGCUCUGUUGCUUUUAGAGAACAAUUUCUAUCAACAACGCAGCAAGCCUUCUUUGCGGAAACCAGUCUGCGCAGCUUUUGAUGCUGAUAGCGGUGGGGCCCUUGCAGAUAUACCGGCAUUGGUUGCCUUGCUGGAUCUAAUGGGCAUUUCGAUGGUGAUCAUUGAAGACAAAUCCGUCUCUGAACCGGGCGAGAAGGUCAAUUCUUUAGGCGAGAGUUCCGGUGCUCAGCCCCAGGCAGACAAACAUGAAUUUGCAAAUGUGAUUCGCAUUUUCAAAGCUGCCGCUGUGAACAGAGAUGUUAUGGUGACCGCAAGGAUCGAGAGUUUUACUGUCCGAAAACGACGGGCUGAUGAAGCUGAGGAGAAAGCAUCCGUUCAGGCUGCGUUGCAAGAUGCCUUGGACAGGGCACAGGUCUACCAUGAAGCUGGGGUAGAUGCAAUCAUGAUUCACAGCAAAAGCCGAGAUCCAGGAGAAGUGAAGUCUUUCUUGACUGAAUAUCGGUCUAGAGAUAGCGUGACACCACUGGUUGUUGUUCCAACCACCUACUCAGACACACUGCAGAGUGAUCUUUACAAUUCAGGCGCCAAUGUCAUUAUCUACGCAAACCAUCUGAUGCGCGCAAAAAUCAGCGCAGUCAGCAAAAUUUCCAAGCAACUUCUAGCCGAGAAUCCGGAUUUAUUCUCUGAUGACCACGAACUAAGUGCAUGUCUGGAGGCUCAGAACUUCGGCUGUCUUUUGCGCAUAUUGUGGGAGCGGAAAUACUUGGGCAAGGAGUCUAAAGUGUCUCAGAUGUAUCGUAUUAUUGCUACUACAUAUGCAUCGGAGAAUAUGAGGGCCACAGUCCAGGAUCUAUUGACUGGGGAGCAGUCGGGCUGUGAAGCUGACGAGCGAAUUAUACCAGUGAAAGAUUUGCUUAAGAUUAAUGCUCGUCAGAUUUAUAACCCAGGAGAUCUGCUUCCACGUCACUGA